ACGCGCGGGGACCGCCGCGCGCUGCUGACGUCGCGCCCGGCUCCACGUCGGCUCGGCGGCCAAGAUGGCGGCGGCGGAGGGCGGCGGGGCCGGGGCGGCCGCGGGGCCGCUGUUUGCAGGCCUCGCAGAUGUGUCAAUAUCGGAAGACAUUCCGGUGGAAGGGGAGAUCUCUGUUCCUGUCGGGUCUCACUCCCCUGACGAAGAUUACUCCACGCUGGAUGAACCUGUUAGGGAUACUAUUAUGAGAGAUCUAAAGGCUGUUGGGAAGAAAUUUGUCCACGUCAUGUAUCCAAAAAAGAGUAGCGCGCUCCUCAGAGACUGGGAUCUUUGGGGCCCUUUGGUGCUUUGUGUCUCACUUGCACUGAUGCUUCAGGGUGGAUCAGCAGAUAGUAAAGAAGACGGAGGGCCGCAGUUUGCUGAAGUCUUUGUCAUCAUCUGGUUUGGUGCAGUCGUCAUCACACUAAACUCAAAGCUGCUUGGAGGAACUAUAUCUUUUUUUCAGAGCCUGUGCGUUCUGGGUUACUGUGUCCUGCCCCUGACAGUAGCGAUGCUGGUGUGCAGGCUGGUACUGCUAGCAGGUUCCGGGACUGUCAGCUUCAUUGUUCGUCUUAUCAUAGUAAUGGCUAUGUUUGGUUGGUCAACGUUAGCAUCUACGGCUUUCCUGGCAGACAGUCAGCCUCCAAACCGCAAAGCUCUUGUUGUGUACCCUAUCUUCCUCUUCUACUUCGUUAUCAGCUGGAUGAUUCUCACCUUUACACCUCAGUGAUGCCAGAUCAGAAGAGACUGUGUGAUAUGGACUGCAAGUUUUUCAUGAACACUGCAGUUAAUCAUUGGCUUUAUCUCUUAUUAAUUUAUAGAGAGAGAUGGUGUAAAAAAGCAGGUUAUGGGAUAAAGCCAGAGAACUGCAAAAUUGGUCAUUUGUGUGUUCCUCUUCUUGAGAGAUACUGAAGUCCAGCUGCUGGUUAUUUUUUUUAAUUAGCCCUGCCCUUUAGUUGUGUUGAAUAAAAAAUGCACACUGUGACAGGGAUUGUUCUGCCUGAGGAGUAGAGGGGGAGAUCUUGGAACUUCAAGAAGUUUGUUAGGUGAAGUUAUAGGAUCGCACGACUUGGCAGAAUUCUUGCUUAUGCUUGGAUUCUCGCUGGAGAUGAAUAUGCCUUAUGAAAUAAUAGAAGUUCAUCGCUGUUACGUGUUGGUAAGGAAGAACGUGUUUGACUGCUGUUCUUUUUCACUUGUAGAGUGGUGAAAUGUAUAUACAGUGCAUCAUAGGAUCGUGAGCUUUCACUUUGAAAUCAGAUUGCAGCAAAAAAUAAGUUGGGUCCAAUUUCCUACUAAUUAGAGCAGUGCAGAAGGGAACUGUCUUUGCUCGUAUUAAUGUAUUCUGUAUUUGUGUUUCAGCCACUUUGCAUGUCAAGGUGUUUUAGCCAAAUGCCUUCAACACCACAGCUACACUGACUAGUCCAUAUAUCCAAUAAGGGAGGCGGUGUUUACACUGGGGAGUUACAAAUCUUUUGUUUGCCACUCUAGAGUUAAAAGUUCUGAAGAGGCAGUCAAGACUAAUCGGAAAAGGGACUUGGCCAUCAUAUUGGCUCUGAAUAUUGAAAAUGGAAAACUAAGUGUCUGGAGAGUACAAAGUAAUGUAUAUUUAAAAAAAAAAAAAAGUUGAAGUUUUGAUAUGUAUGAUGUUUGGAUGCUAACGUGCCAAACAGGACUGAAAUCCAAAAGUUUUAAAGUGGGUCGAAGGAAGGAAAAUAAAUCAUGAUGAAGGUGGCGGCUCUUAUGGAGUAUCCUACAAAUUCCGUUCUUAAUUGAUUAUAUGUGACUUUCAUUUGGUUGUUUACAUGGUCAGUGUUUCAACAUAAACACAUGCAAAGUUGCAUAUUGUUCCUUUGUACUUACAAUGAAAUGUGAGAAACUUUUCUAUAGUUUUUUUUCUAGUACUUUUUAUAAAAGGAGAGGAGGCUUAUUGUCCAAUGCUGUAGGUAGGUGUAUGUUGCCUGCCUGGAGAACCGUACGCAGGCAUACAAGUGGGUCAUUUAUAUUUCAGCAUAGGGAUUGAGACCUGGAGAGUUGGUUGAUGAAGAUUGUACAGAAAUUAUUUAUGUUGCCCAUUAUUUUCAGUAAGAAGUCCAAGGGGGAAAUUUUAGAAUGUCUUGGAGGUGAAGAAACUGCUGUUAAAAUGCUCUUUUUUUUUCUGAAAAUGAGUAUCAGAUUUCCUUUCUCCUGUAGUAAUGCAAAUAGACCUGAAAUUGAUGUAAGUGGGUCCUGUUAAAGUGUAAAUAUACGUAAUUUAUAUUUAUAUAUAAAAAUGAAGUCUCUGCUAUAAACACUAUAAAUACUUGGUAAUUGGGAUAGAAACUUUUAAGUGCGUGGACUAAAAGUACAUUUGUGCAUUUCUGGGAGCGUGGAGGAGAGGAAAAGAAAAAUCAGUUACUCUGCAGGGACCCUUGUUGGUGGCAGAACAGUCAUCAGCGCGCGUGUGUGAAGCUGACAGCUGUUCUCGCUGCCUCCCUUACACCUCAGCGUGUCUCUUCUAAGUUGCUGCGAGGGGAGCUCUGGUGUUUCAUAUGCUUGGGUAUAAAAUGGAAAUGGGGAAUUUUUAAACAUCCAUUAAAUUAUUACUGGUAAGGAA